AACCAAGAGAUAUUCUAUCGAAUGAAAAAUGGAUAUUCGAAAGAGAAACCUUGAGAAUAUUCUUCUUCUUCUUCUUUUUCUCUUAUCAAACACAUCACUUAAUAUCUCUAACCGCAUCCUCCUGCCUUCUUCAUUUUCAUCUUCCCAGAAAAAAAAAAAAAAAAAGACAAAAUGAAGUUUGGUAAGAGUCUGAGCAAUCAGAUAGAGCAGACACUCCCUGAAUGGCGCGACAAGUUCUUGUCUUACAAAGACCUCAAGAAGCGUCUCAAACUCAUCGCCUCCAAAUCCGGCGAUCGUCCCGCCAAACGUCUUCGACUAGACUCCUCCUCCGGCGGAGAAAUGUCGAAAGAAGAGAUGAGUUUCGUCCAGUUGCUAGAGGACGAGUUGGAGAAAUUCAAUAAUUUCUUCGUCGAGAAGGAGGAAGAGUAUAUCAUCAGAUUAAAGGAAUUGAGAGAUAGGAUAAUCAAAGCAAAGGAGAACAUGAUGAGCAUAAGGAAAGAGAUUGUUGAUCUCCACGGAGAGAUGGUUCUCCUCGAGAACUACAGUGCUCUCAACUACACAGGAUUGGUUAAGAUACUGAAGAAGUACGACAAGCGAACCGGCGAUCUCAUGCGUUUGCCUUACAUCCAGAAAGUUCUUCGGCAACCUUUCUACACUACAGACUUGUUGUACAAGCUCAUCAAAGAAUCAGAGGCAAUGCUUGACCGCUACUUCCCCGAUGGAACAGAGUCUUCUUCUUCUUCUGCCAACAACGCCCAAGCAGAGCACGAGUUGGUGGAGAGCCUCCACAUGAAAAGUACAAUCGCUGCCUUGCGUGUUUUGCAAGAAAUCAGGAGUAAAAGCUCUACGGUGAGCGUCUUCUCGCUGCCGCCGCUCCAGUUAAACGGAGUGGACGACACGUGGAAGAAGAUUCCCUUGAUGGAGCAAGAAGCCAAAUAGAAAGAGAGCGAGAGAUGCUUUUAUUCUCCACUUGUGUGUUUUUACAGUAGAAGCUAACAGAUUGUUAAAAAAAAUAUACAUUAUCAAUGUGGCACACACACAGAAGAAGGGUAUCUUUGAAGUCAUUAGCGGUUGUAACUGUGUUUGUGUGUAGUAAUUGAUAUGAUUGUAUACCAAAUUCAGAUUUGUUACC